GUGAACGUCCCGAAAACCCGUCGGACCUACUGCAAGAAAUGCGGCAAGCACCAGCCGCACAAAGUCACCCAGUACAAGAAGGGGAAGGACUCGCUCUACGCACAGGGAAAAAGACGCUACGAUAGGAAGCAAAGUGGCUAUGGGGGCCAGACAAAGCCCAUCUUCCGUAAGAAGGCUAAGACCACUAAGAAGAUUGUGCUGAGGCUGGAGUGCGUGGAGCCCAACUGCAGGUCCAAGAGGAUGUUGGCAAUCAAGAGGUGCAAGCACUUUGAACUGGGAGGAGACAAGAAGAGAAAGGGCCAGGUGAUCCAGUUCUAAGCUCUAUCCUACUCCUUGCUCUGGACCAUAUUAAAGU